GCGGGCUUCCGGCGAGGCCCGGCAGGCACCGAGGAGGAAGAGCGACUCCGGACGGCGCUCGGCGGCCGAGUGAGGGUGCAGGCCAGGAUGACGAGCUCCGGCGCGCUGUUCCCGAGCCUGGUGCCCGGCUCCCGCGGCUCCUCCAGCAAGUACCUGGUGGAGUUCCGCGCGGGGAAGAUGUCGCUCAAGGGGACCACCGUGACCCCCGACAAGCGGAAGGGGCUGGUGUACAUCCAGCAGACGGACGACUCGCUCAUCCACUUCUGCUGGAAGGACCGCACGUCGGGCAGCGUGGAGGACGACCUCAUCAUCUUCCCCGACGACUGCGAGUUCAAGCGCGUGCCGCAGUGCCCGAGCGGGCGCGUCUACGUGCUCAAGUUCAAGGCCGGCUCCAAGCGCCUGUUCUUCUGGAUGCAGGAGCCCAAGGCGGACCAGGACGAGGAGCACUGCCGGAAGGUGAACGAGUGCCUCAACAACCCCCCGCUGCCCGGGGCGCUGGGCGCGAGCGGGGGCAGCGGCCACGAGCUCUCGGCCCUGGGCGGUGAGGGCGGCCUGCAGAGCCUGCUGGGGAACAUGAGCCACAGCCAGCUCAUGCAGCUCAUCGGACCGGCCGGCCUCGGAGGGCUGGGGGGGCUCGGGGCCCUGACCGGGCCAGGCCUGGCCAGCUUACUGGGGAGCGGAGGUCCUCCAGCCAGCAGCUCCUCGUCCAGCUCCCGGAGCCAGUCGGCAGCGGCCACACCAUCCUCCACCGCCUCCUCCGCCCGCGCCACCCCGGCCCCCUCAGCGCCAGCAGCCGCUGCCGUGACGAGCCCCAGCCCCGCGCCCAGCUCAGCUGACGGAGCCAGCACGGCGGCCAGCCCGGCCCAGCCCAUCCAGCUGAGCGACCUGCAGAGCAUCCUGGCCACGAUGAGCGUGCCGGCCGCGCCCGGGGCCAGCCAGCAAGUGGACCUGGCCAGCGUGCUGACGCCGGAGAUCAUGGCGCCCAUCCUGGCCAACGCGGACGUACAGGAGCGCCUGCUGCCCUACCUGCCCUCCGGGGAGUCCCUGCCGCAGAGCGCCGACGAGAUCCAGAACACACUGACCUCGCCACAGUUCCAGCAGGCCCUGGGCAUGUUCAGUGCAGCCUUGGCCUCGGGCCAGCUGGGCCCCCUCAUGUGUCAGUUUGGGCUGCCCGCAGAGGCCGUGGAGGCCGCCAACAAGGGCGAUGUGGAAGCGUUUGCCAAAGCGAUGCAGAACAGUGCCAAGUCGGAGCCGAAGGAGGGCGACGCGAAAGACAAGAAAGACGAGGAGGAGGACAUGAGCCUGGACUAAGUUAUUGCCGUCUGCGGGACCUGGGCCCCCGGCCGGGGCUCGGGCAGACCCCACCCUUCCCCACCCACUCAGAAAUAAAGCCUUUUCUUGGAUCUGCCAAGUCGGGCUUCCCUGUG